GUCUCCUGUUCAAGAUAAAAAUAUUGCUUCCAGAGCUUACGUAGAUCUAAUAGAAAGGGUUGGAAUCAUAAAAAGUUUCUAGUCAAAGGAGCUCAUUUUGUUGGAAAGAGAGAAGAAUGUGGCCCAAGUUGAUGUUAUCUUCUUCCGCUUCAAAGACCAGAUUCAUCAAGCAGUCAUCCAUUGAGAGCGAGCUCUCCAUGGCAACAAGGCAAGCUAACAACAAGCCCCGCACCACCUUCAACGUCGACGAGGAGUAUUCUAACGCCCUCCGCACCAAGUCCUUCGUCGACAUGUGGUCCAAAGCCCACCACCAUCUCAGGCGAACCAUCUCUUCCCUCUCCCCAUCCCCCAGCCAUCAUCAAGACCAAGAAGUAGAGGUGGUGAAGGAUCGCCGGAAUUCCCACUCCUCUCCUCUCUCCUAUCUUCGCUAUGCUCACCUCUCCGACUUCCUUCUCGAGCCCAGCCAAGAAACCCUCCUCGCCGCUACCGCCGACGCCGACGCCUAUUUCCCCGUCCACUCUCUCCUCCUCGACUACUUCGACACCACCUCCGAUGCCUGCACCGCAUGCACGACGCUCCUCGCCUCCAUCGACCGCGCUCGUUCCUACCACCGCUCCAUCCGCCGUCUCCUCCUGAAACUAUCCCACAACCGCCUCGACAACGAUUGCACCACCUUAGCCGACCUCAAGUCCCACGUCGAACUCGACAACCCCCUCUCCCCCAUCAACUUGGCCCAUUUCCACUAUGUGCACGCCAGCUGCCGCCCGUUAGUCGCCCGGCUCACGACGGCCAACCGGAGGAUAGCCCGGCGGGCACAUCUCACCGGUGCAGCAAAGAAGGCGUCCGGCGUCAUCCUAAUUGGCGUCUGCGGGGCUGCGGUGGUCGCGGCAUUGGUGGUCGCGGCGCAUGCAGUGGUCGGCAUUGGACUGGUGGCGGUGGCGGCGGCGCCGGCGCCGGCGGUGGCAGCAAGGCAAAGGGUGGCUUCGAGGUGGAUAAGGAGGAGGCUAGGAGGGGAGAGUUAUCUUAAGAGAGCCGGGGCGCAGGUGGAUGCGGCGGCGAAGGGGGCUUACAUAGUGGGGAGCGAUUUGGACACGGUGAGCCGGAUGGUGCGCCGGGCGCACGACGAGGUGGAGCAUGGCCGGGACGUGGCAAAGCUGGUUCUGAGGAUUAGAGAGCGGCAGCUGGUGAGGGAGGCGGCGAGGGAGGUGGAGGGAGGGGAGGAGGAGCUGGCGGCGCAGCUCAAUGAGCUCGAGGAGCACAUCUACUUGUGCUUGAUUACUAUUAAUAGAAGCCGAAGGAUGGUGGCGCAGGAGAUGAUGGGAGAAGCAGCCCGAUCGACCUCCGGCGGCAACGUUGUAGAUAUGCAAUAAUUCUUUCUUUUCCUUCGUUAGUUUAAUUUCUUAUAUUUUUGUUGAUACUAGUUUUAUGAUGAUGGCGAGGAACUUGUUCUUGGUUUGAGGUGCCCAUGUAGAGGUAUUGGUCUCUCU